AACAAACCCCACCCCUGGAAGUGGGGGGAAAAAAAGAUGGAUGCCUCCUGUAAGACUUCCUUACGCUUGUGAGCCCGGAGGCCGAAAUGUGUCAGGUGUGAUCCUGUGAGCCCCGGUCCCGCAUCGCUGCGCUGCAGCACAUUUACCCGGCGAGAGGAUGGAGAAGAGCGGCAGCGCCGACAGUCUGGGCUCCAAGCGCUGCUCGUCCCGGCAGCCAAGCGUGGAUUCCCUGACCAGCACCAAUACAUCCCGGUCCGAGCGCUCUGCGCACCUGAGGUCCCCCGUGUCCCCGGACGCCGCGUCCGCCCGCGCCGACCUGGGCUCCGAGGUGCUCAGGGAAUCGAGCAAAAUUGCCGAAGGAGAACUGCAGUUACUACCGAAGGAGUCGGUGCAGGACACGGCCAGCGAUGUGACGUACAUCUGUCCCUUUCUGGGUGCCAUUCGGGGAUCUCUGACCGUGACUAAUUACCGGCUUUUUUUCAAAUGCCUGGACAAGGAUCCGGCGUUUGUCCUGGACCUUCCGCUGGGGGUCAUCAGCCGGGUGGAGAAGAUCGGCGUCGUCUCAGCGCAGGGGGAGGUGUCCUUCGGCUUGGUCUGCAAGGACAUCCGUAAUCUCCGAUUCGCACAUAGGCACCAAGAGGGCUCCCUCAAGAAAUCCAUCUUUGAGGUUGUGAACAAAUUUGCCUUCCCCGUCUCGAACGCCUUGCGAAUGUUUGCCUUCGAAUACGGGCAGCCCUUCCCUGAGAACGGCUGGAAAGUCUACGACCCGCUGGCAGAGUACAGGAGACAGGGUUUGCCCAAUGAGAGCUGGAGGAUAACGAAGGCGAACGAGCACUACGACGUGUGCGAGACGUACCCUGCCACCCUGGUGGUGCCUGCCAACAUCCCCGAUGAGGAGCUGAAGAGAGUGGCGGCCUUCAGAGCCAAGGGCCGCCUUCCAGUGCUGUCCUGGAUCCACCCCGAGACGCAGGCGACGGUGACGCGCUGCAGCCAGCCCAUGGUGGGGGUCACCGGCAAGCGCAGCAAGGAGGACGAGAAGCACCUGCAGGCCAUCAUGGACGCCAACGCCCAGUCGCACAAGCUGUUCAUCUUCGACGCGCGACCCCCCGUCAACGCCGCCGCAAACAAGAUGAAGGGAGGCGGCUUCGAGAGCGAGGACGCCUACCAGAACGCUGAGCUGGUCUUCCUGGACAUCCACAACAUCCAUGUGAUGCGUGAGUCUCUGCGCAAGCUGAAGGAGGUGGUGUACCCCAACAUCGAAGAAUCCCAUUGGCUCUCCAACCUUGAGUCUACUCAUUGGCUGGAGCACAUCAAGCUGAUCCUGGCGGGGGCGCUGCGUAUUGCCGACAAGGUGGAGUCGGGGAAGACGUCGGUGGUGGUGCACUGUAGCGACGGCUGGGACCGCACGGCCCAGCUGAGCUCGCUGGCCAUGCUGAUGCUGGACGGCUUCUACCGCACUCUCAGGGGCUUCCAGGUGCUCGUGGAGAAGGAGUGGCUCAGCUUUGGACACAGGUUCCAGCUGAGGAUCGGACACGGGGACAGGAACCACACGGACGCCGACCGCUCGCCCGUCUUCCUGCAGUUCAUCGACUGCGUGUGGCAGAUGACGCGGCAGUUCCCCGCAGCAUUUGAGUUCAACGAGUACUUCCUGAUCACCAUCUUGGACCACCUGUAUAGCUGCCUGUUUGGGACCUUCCUGUGCAACAGCGAACAGCAGAGACUGGAAGAGGACCUGCCGAAGAGGACGGUCUCCUUGUGGUCCUACAUCAACACUCAGCAUGAGGAGUUCACUAACCCGUUGUAUGUGGACUACGCCAACCAUGUACUGUACCCCGUAGUCAGCAUGCGCCACCUAGAGCUCUGGGUCGGGUACUACAUCCGCUGGAACCCCCGCAUGAGGCCUCAGGAGCCACUGCAUCAGCAUUACCGGGAGCUGCUGGGCAAACGGGCGGAGCUGCAGAGGAAGGUGGAGGAACUCCAGCGCGAGGUGGCCAGUCGCGCAGCGGCCCCCACCCCAGAGAAGGCGGGCUCCCCCGCAGGCUCACCAGUGCAGACUUGCGUGUGACGGACAAGGUGGGCAGGAAAUGGAGGGGUGGAGCUACGUGCUGUGGGCUCACCUGUCCUCAUGUGCCGAAUGCCGCCAUGACGUUGAAGCUGUAGCCCAAAGCCCAGGUAGGCCCAUGGCUCCGCCCCCCCACAGCCGGCUCCGCCCACCACUGAUUCUACCUGCUGCCUCCAAAUACCUCCAAGAAGAGACGGGAUAACAGCCCCUCCUUCCUCUACAUUAUACACUUGAUUUUAAAAAAUGAUCUGUAUACACAAACUGUAACGUACUGAAGUAUCUAAUCUUACGUUAGUGAAGGCCUUUUGUAGAUAAGCAGAGACUCUGGGACUGGGAAUAUGAAGAGGGUUCGAGUCGGAGAAGGGGAGGUCACAGGGGGCCGAGCCCUCUGGAUCUGUCCCUUAUUCGGCUGAUGGUGGAGCACCUGCAGUGCGAUGAGGGACACAGCUAUCAGGACACUUUUUUCCACUCCCUCUGUAGGGCCGGACUAUUUAGGGGUGUCACACUCUGCAUGUAAGCCUCCCCCCAUGUAAUAACCACAUUAUCCUAUAAGCCUGUAUUAAAGAUCUGAUUGGGGUGACCCCCUCCAGCCUGUACGCCACCCUGCUUUUAACGUUGACGUGUGUCAGUCAUCAAAGGUCGCUCCAGAGGCCCCCACGCUGAAUAAGCCCCUUGUCGGCUCCCCAGACAGCUCUGCGCAUCGCCCGUUCAUAUUGGCAAUGUUCUCGCUAUCGGUAACCAUUUACUAAGCACUAGCAGCUCUCGCUAACAGCCUGUCAGCACAUUAGCGGCUCUGCAGAGCCUCGUAGGCGGAAAGCUUUAGGUUGCACUGCUCAUCUUUACCAGUGUGGCGUAACGAGUCCAGUUUCACACUUACCACUGCACUAAUUUACCUGUGAGGUAACUAAUAUUUUAUUGCGUUUUCGGGUAAGACUGUCAGAAACAAAACAUAAAUGUCUUUAUGUUCAUCCUGAACUGAUCUCGCUUAGUUUUUUAAGGUCUGUCUUCCUUUCAUGGAUUAGAGGAUUUUUUUUAUUGGAAGUUUUAUGCGGAGUUUAAAGGUCGAUGUGAAGGUUUUUGAAUUGAACCAGUUUAACAUUUCCCUGACAAAUAAAACACUCACUUGUUCUAAAAGCA